GUGUGUUUAGUGAAGUGUCAGAGCAGUGUUUACUUCCAAUAUUUAAAUGUAGGGAAGACUUUAUAACAGGUAAGGAAUAGAAUUAAAGUAUAACGAACAACAUUAUAGCAAGUUUGAUGUCAAUCAUAGGCUGGAGGCUCCGUAACACAGGUGAAAACGUGUGACCCAGUUGUGAUUACAUCCCUCUUAAUGGGUUUGUGUAUCACAACCACAAGGUGAAGACACAAUCUCCUGAGUGCCCACUAGAACCCAAAGCGAGGAGUGGAGUGAUAGACAAAUAUCCCAGUACAAACUUCAACUAUGGACAAACUCAGUUUAAGAGAACCAGAAGAUAAUGUGGAGGCUAUAAAGUCUUCAACUCGUCGCUUCAAAAGUAUAGAGAAUUUGAGCAGAUACGAAUGGACUAGUUAACAAGCGGAGGAUGACCUCAUUAACAUGAGGCGGUGCACGCUAGACAUCUCACGCUGAUACCUCCACAGCUGCCCCGGGAGCGCGCGUACCAGUACAUUUCACCCAGGAGCAUCCUCAUACUGUGGGCAUUUCCUACUCCACCACUCACUCCAGUAUCUCUGGCUUACCCCACACAAAAUGACUGUAGUGAUAUCGCUCAGUAGUAUUCUAUCAUCCUCUGAUAUACGAAUAAUUAAUGCGCUUCUUUUAUUUAGUAAAAUUAGAUACAUUAGUAUUUACAUAAUGGGAACGGAAGCCAACUAUAUUUCCCUGGCAUAUUCUAUCACAGGGAUGGGCUGGAUACAUAGUGUUGAAAUCUUUCAGUCUGAGCUAGGAGACAACAGAUAAUGAGAGUUGAGGGUAUACAAUACAUGUGCACUUAAGGCGUAGACCCUGUAACUUAAGUAUGUCCCUAUAGGAAAUACCUGUAGCGGUAGUCGGACCAUGUGAUAACUUUAAAACUCCUCUUCUAAUUAGCUUCAAAUUUUCAACGUUGACGUAUCUUGCUCAAAGUUAGAUUCAGAUUGCUUUUGGGCUUGGUAGGUCCUAAUUUGCCACUUCCAUAAAUAAAAAUAGUGAUUUCUUUAAAAUAGCUUUAAUGCCUCUUCUGAUUACCUUCAAUUUUUCACUGCUGGUGCAUCACACAUAGAGGAAUAUUCAGACUGCUGUUGGGCUUUGUAGUCAUUUUUGCAUGUGGUAAUAGAGUUCUUUUGAACUUGUGUAAAUUUACAAUGCUGAUGUAUCUAACCCGAAUGAUAGUUGAGAUUAAUUUAUCCUCUAUAGGUGCAUGUUUGCCAAAUACAUACAGUGGACCCCCGCCUUACGAUGGCAUCGCGUUACGUUAAAUCCGCCAUACCUCAUACGAUACAUUUUAACGCAAAAAUUUUGCCUCACGUGAUUGGUCGGGAACGCGUCCUACGCAUGGCCUCAGCUGUCCCGUGCGUGCCAGUGUUUACAAGCCAGCCAGUGUGGUCGCAUCCACACAUACAUUCGGUACAUUUCAUAUUAUCAGAGUGUUUUUAGUGAUUGUAGCUGCAAAAUAAGUCACCAUGGGUCCCAAGAAAGCUUCUAGUGCCAACCCUGCGGGAAAAAGGGUGAAAAUUACUAUGGAAAUGAAAAAAGAGAUAAUUGCUAAGUACGAAAGUGGAGUGCGUGUCUCGGAGCUGGCCAGGUUGUAUACCAAACCCCAAUCAACCAUCUCUACUAUCGUGGCCAACAAAACGGCAAUCAAGGAAGCUGUUCUUGCAAAAGGUGCAAGUUUGUUUUCGAAACAGAGAUCACAAGUGAUAGAAGAUGUUGAGAGACUGUUAUUGGUGUGGAUAAACGAAAAACAGAUAGCAGGAGAUAGCAUCUCUCAAGGGAUCAUAUGUGAAAAGGCUAGGAAGUUGCAUGACGAUUUAAUUAGAAAAAAGCCUGCAACUAGUGGUGAUGUGAGUGAAUUUAAGGCCAGCAAAGGUUGGUUUGAGAGAUUUAAGAAUCGUAGUGGCAUACAUAGUGUGAUGAGGCAUGGUGAGGCUGCCAGUUCGGACAAAAAAGCGGCUGAAAAAUAUGUGAAGGAAUUCAAGGAUUACAUAGACAGUGAAGAAAUGCAACCUGAACAAGUGUUUAAUUGUGACGAAACAGGCCUGUUUUGGAAGAAAAUGCCAAGCAGGACCUACAUUACUGAGGAGGAAAAGGCACUCCCAGGACAUAAGCCUAUGAAAGACAGGCUUACUCUUCUCAUGUGUGCCAAUGCUAGUGGUGAUUGCAAAGUGAAGCCUUUAUUGGUGUAUCACUCUGAAACUCCCAGAGCGUUCAGGCAAAACAAUGUCGUCAAGGCUAAUUUGUGUGUGAUGUGGAGGGCAAACAGUACGACAUGGGUCACUAGGGACCUUUUCUAUGACUGGUUACACCAUGCAUUUGCCCCCACUGUGAAAAAUUACCUAAUGGAAAAGAAAUUGGACCUUAAGUGCCUCCUGGUAUUAGACAGUGCUCCUGGUCAUCCUUCAGACUUGGCAGAGCGACUUUCUAGGGACAUGAGCUUCAUUAAGGUCAAGUUUUUGCCUCCUAAUACCACUCCUCUCCUGCAGCCCAUGGACCAGCAGGUCAUUUCAAACUUCAAAAAACUCUACACAAAAGCUAUGUUUCAAAAGUGCUUUGAAGAAACCUCAGAUACUCGAUUGACUCUAAGAGAGUUUUGGGAAGAUCACUUUAGCAUCCUCAUUUGUGUAAACCUUAUAGGUAAGGCUUGGGAGGGAGUGACUAAGAGGACCUUGAACUCUGCUUGGAAGAAACUGUGGCCACAAUGUGUAGAAGAAAGGGAUUUUGAAGUGUUUGGGGCUAACCCUCGGGGGCCUAUGCCAGUUGUGGAAUCUAUUGUGGCAUUGGGAAAGUCCAUGGGGUUGGAGGUUAGUGGGGAGGAUGUGAAAGAGUUGGUGGAGGAGGACAAUGAACUAACCACUGAAGAGCUGCAAGAUCAUCUUCAACAGCAAGAGGCCAGACCUGAGGAAACUGCUUCAGAGGAGGGGAGAGAGAAAUUGAGGAAGUUGCCUACUUCAAAGAUUAAGGAAAUGUGUGCAAAGUGGGUUGAACUGCAAACCUUUAUGGAUGAAAAUCACCCUGACACAGCUACUGCAAGCGUGCUGGUGACUAUUACAAUGACACUGUUAUGGCCCAUUUUAGGAAAGUCUUAAAGGAACGGGAGGUACAGACCUCUAUGGACAGGUUUGUUGUGCGACAGAGGUCCAGUGACUCAAGCUGGUCCUAGUGGCAUUAAAAGAAGAAGGGAAGUAACCCCUGAAAAGGACUUGAUACCUCAAGUCCUAAUGGAAGGGGAUUCCCCUUCUAAACAAUAACUUCUACACACUCCCCUCCUCCCAUCCCAUCAAUCAUCACCAGAUUUUCAAUAAAGGUGUCAUGUAUUCUAUUUUUAGUAGAGUAGUAAUUGUGCAUGUCUUCUUCAGUUUGUGUGUAUUAAAAUUAAUAUUUCAUGUGGUAAAAAAAUUAUUUUUUCAUACUUUGGGGUGUCUUGCACGGAUUAAUUUGAUUUCCAUUAUUUCUUACGGGGAAAAUUAAUUCGCCUUACGAUAAUUUCGGCUUACGAUGAGCUUUCAGGAACGGAUUAAUAUCGUAAGGCAGGGGUCCACUAUAUAUACAUAAAAAAUGUAUUAUUGGUUUUUGUGCAUUCUCAGAAGAAAGUCUUUUGAAGCUUUCAACACUUGAUGUAUUGCACUUAGUGGAAGUUUUGAAUUGGUUAUAAGCUGUAUAGAGAUCAAUUUGCCAUUUUUUCAACAAAUUUAAAUAUUUUUUCCGUCUGAUAACAUGAGAAUCCUUAUUUUUAUCGACUUAAAUCUUUCAGCUCAGAUGUAUUGUGUCUCAAGAAAGUUUCGGCUCUUUUAAGUUGCUUUGUAGUGCGAAUUUGCCAGUUUCACAAAAGUAUAGGGUAUCAUGUUUACCAUUCUGGAGCACCAGAAAAUUGUGCAGCACAUUUCAUUUUAAUUCUAAACCAUUUUUUUAUUUAUAUUUAAGAUUUUAAGCUUAUUUAAGCAUUUAAGAAUUACAUACGCUUUGGUGUAGCAUAUCUUUCAUAGGAGAGAAACUCCUUUAAGUUUCAUUAAGAUAGUUUUAUUAGUCUCCAUGAUAAGCCAGAGAGACUGCAUCACUUCCCUUCACGAUAAAGUCUCUGGAUACAGCCAACCUAAUUUCAUCUGAUUAACUGGGUUGAGUUUCAAUUUCUGGGCCUCUUAAGGCUUUUUAUAUACAGCUGCGACUCUUGGGUGUUGAUCUGUAGCUCCUGUGCAUCUUGAGGGUGUUCAUCUACAGUUGCCAUGCUUGAGGGUGUUCAUCUCCAGCUCAUGAACCUCUUGGAGUAACUCCUAGUUUUCAUGAAGGAGUUAUACAACGGCUCCUCUCGCUCUUGAGGGUUCUGGAGAACAGCUAUUAGACCUCUGUCAUUCAUUGAGGUACAAGGGGCUUGGGUUGUGCAAUAAGUAAAUAAUAAUAAUUUAUUGUUAUUACCGUAUAUUCACGGAGAAGUGCUGAAUCUGUAGGGUCAUGAAUUGCCUAGAACAAAGAAUAGAAUAGGCCGAAACUCCUCUCGUUUCUUAACGAUUUUUCGGGUAGUAUUGCAGAGCUAUAAUUUAUUGAUAGUCGGGUAAUGUGGCUUUGUGGGCAUGUGGGUCACUAGUACAAACAACUUUGUUGACCAGGUGGUCAACAGGAAGCCUCGCAUCAGGCUGGACUGCAAGGGUAGAAGAGUCCUCGAAAUUGGUCACAGGUAUACACAGCACAGAUACUUCCCAAGUGUACACCUUGACACCCUGAAGAAGAAACAACUCUAUGCAAUGCAAGAACUCUACAUGCCAGAUAGAGAACAUCCUCUCCAAGUUGAAAAUACCACGGAUUAUAUCAUCAAUACUCCUCACAGGACUCAAAGAAUGGCUCUCCCACAGAGGGUCCGUUGUUUUAUCCAUAAAGACGAUUACCAUCGACCAAUGAUAUUGAGCAACCUCCCUGCAGAUGAAGAUGAUUGGGUAACACCAGAACCCUUCUAUGUUUACUAAGAAAAUCAUCGCCCCCAAUUACGGAGACAUCUUGUAUAACAUUCUACUGUUAAAAUUAUGCUACAUUUACUAUGGCGGGACACCACCUUGUAAGAAGCUAUUGUGUCAAGUAAUUCUUUAUAAACUGGCCAGAAAAUUAUUGACUUCAUUGCCGCUUAAAUAUCCGUUGCGCAAUCGCAAAAAAAAAAAAAUGGCAACUUGUAUAUUUACUGCCAAUUCAGAGUCAUGUACUGGUAUAUCUGUUAUAUCUAUGUGACUCUGAUGGGUUAGUAUUAUACCCCUUCAAGAAUAUUUUAUUAUUCCACAUACACUUUUUAAAUUACACCAAAGUGGUUGGGCCACUUAACUUUUAUAUCCUACCUCUCUCUCCCUUCUCUCACCCUUUUCCAAUAUUUCUAUCCUUACCCAUCCUUCUUGGAAACAUAAACACAUAUGCAGUUUAUUGUGAUCCUUUAUUGACAACGUUUCGCCCACACAGUGGGCUUUUUCAAGUCACAAACAGAUCUACCUGGGGUGGAAGGUACGGGAGUAUUUAUAGUCAGGUUCAUCGCUAUCCCACAUAAGAACAUAGAACACUGCAUAAGGUCUACUCACAACUUGUCCAAUACCCCUGCCAAGCUACCCAAGACUCAUAACCCCACCCGGUAGAUCAUCAGAUGCAGCAUUCUCCACCUGACCUCAACAUUCUGAACCUGACUAUAAAUACUCCCGUACCUUCCACCCCAGAUAGAUCUGUUUGUGACUUGAAAAAGCCCACUGUGUGGGCGGAACGUUGUCAAUAAAGGAUCACAUUAAACUGCAUAUGUGUUUAUGCUUUCCAUUGUGUCGGUAUUUUAUACCAUUUAUUUUCACCCAUCCUUCUUCCUUACCCAUCUUACCAAAGCUCUGGUCAUAAGAAGAAGAACUUCCCAAGGCAUAGUUUCCUUAGUCUUUGAAGAUUAUCCUGGUAUGAAGAGAUAGGGGAACCGCAUAGACCUGGAAAAAGACAUACAAUAUAAUUCAAUCGAAUUAUACUACAUUUGUGCCUCUAUAUCCUGUAACACCUGAAGAAGUAGAUGAAGUGUGGUGCACGUUGGUAGGAGAGUUUGGGAUACAAUGGCAACUAGGAGAGAGAGGGGAUUUCGGUUUAAUUCUGUGCAAGAUUUCCAUUUUGGACCUAUCGCAACAGAAUAGUGUACCUUUGAGACGUCACAUUGUUUACCCUUCCUGAAGUCGUAGAAUAUAAAUUACUUGUGAUUUUCAUGGCAUAUGCAUUUGGUAUAUGUAGCCUAUAAAUGUUUUACAGUUCAAAACAUGUUUAUAAUAACAAAUCAGUAAUUAUUUGUAUAUAUCACGGGGUUAAAAGGUAGGCAAAUAUUGGUGAUUUGAACCUCCUUUCCUUUCAGAAACUUACCCAGAUAGAGAAGUUGAAUUAGGUUAGUAUUUCGAUGUAUGACUCAAGACAAUGAACCUCAAAUAGGCUUGUGGGUAAAGGAAAUGAUAUCUUGGAAAAGAAACUUGUCACAUCUAACUUCUGGAUAACUAGCAUUUUGUUAUGAUCUAAUACUUUAUAAAUACAAAUUAUACUCUGUUAACACAUUUUGUCUCAUUGAAGUUAAAUUCUCGGUAGGAUGUCUGUGAUGUACAACAGAUCCAAGGUAACAGGUAUUGUCUUUUGUAUUUUGGAUUCUAGGAUUGAAUCCUAUGGUAAAUCUAACUCUCAAGACAUGACUGAGAGCAAACAUAACGAGAUAACAUUAAACCGUAAUGAAGAAAUCGUCAAAAAGUUCACAUACUGUAAGGAUAAAAUAAUAAUAAUCAUAUCAAGUCGGAAACAUUUUCUGCUUAUCAAAUCAAAAUCUGCUAAAAGCGAUGUGUUUACGGAAUGACAGAAAAUACUGUUUGAAGUAUAUUAUCCUCUAACCUAUUAUUAAUAUUUUCUAGUGUUUCAUGGGAUGUUUCUUAUAAUGGAGUCAGGAGUUGAUACGUUCCAUCAUCACGAGCUAUAUAUCACCAUGAGACUGUUUGCUAGGGGAAGUGGGGGAGGGGUAAACCACAGCAGUUUACACGUGCUAAUAAUAUUUUUUUGCAAUAACAAUUCUGAUGUAAACUCAGGUCCUGAUUCGUCUUUGUGUCUCAGUGUUAAGAAAUUGUGUACUAGAACUGUAUGACUGAACGUUUGUCUGAAUCUUAAGUAAUUUUUAUAUGGCAGACUAAAGUUUAUUUUUGGAGAAAGGGUUUUUAAAUCACAUUUGUAAAGAGAUUAUCUUUUUAUUUUUAAUUUUGUGUGAUCCUCAAGAACUGACGUAGCCGGAAUAGUAUCCUAGUGUAACAUUAACAGUAACAUUCUAACCUCUCGUAAUAGAAGUAUUUUAGAGAGCAGGAAAUUACCUCGGAAGUUUAAAUUAAUAGCCUCCCAUUGUGACCAAAAUAAUUUCUAGAUUUAGGGCUAAAGUUGAAAACAGUUUCAUUAUAUAUACGAAUUUUCUCAGAGUACAUCUCUCUUCAGGUUUUAUUACCGCCAAUAUUAAACACAGAAGCAGCACUCAGUGCUCGCAUUAAAUCUAAAGUUUUAAAAUUAGUGAAUAAUGCAAGCAACAAGGAGUCUAUGUAACUAAAUACAGUGAAAUAAAAAUUUAUUUAAAAUUUUAAUUUAAUAGCUACUGAUCCCAUUAAAGUAAUACAUUUGGACACGCACCACCCUGACCCCCACCCCCACCCACAACCUCCCACCCCCACCCACUACCUACACCCCCACCCCCCAACAACACCCACCUCAACCCCCACCCAUACCACCCACCAGAACUCGGUACAUUUAGUGUUUCGAUGAAGAGGAGGAACUUGUUAUUUUAAGAGAAGAAAAUUGUAAAAAAAAAAUUUUUAGAAGUGGAUGAAUUUGUAUAUUUUGGUGAUAAUUGAAAUUAUCCCCGAGAAAAGAUAAUGUAUUUCUGAUAUAAUGAAUUGUUGGUGGUAUUGAUUUUGAACUGUGUAGUAAUUUGUGUUUGCACUUGUGCGUUAUUGAAUUUGUAAAUAAAUAAAGUAAUUGUUCAUUGUCCCCAAACUGUUUGUUUUGGUAUAAUUCACGUACCUGAAAACCUUUUAAAUUAUAUAGAACGCCUCUGAAAACAAACGACUUAUAAUGUAUUAUAAGCUAAUAUAAUGUAUUAUAAACUAAUAAAUGUAUUAUAA